AGUAUAAUCAUGCAUCUUGAACAACUUCGAAAGGUAGCUUUAGCAUUAGCGUGGUUUGGCAACUUUCAGCUUUCCCUUCAACUUCUUCCAUUUCUCUACUGCCAGCGAUCGAGCGUUUCAAUUUGUUGCGGAGGUUCUAGAUACGGAUAGUCAGACAAUCGAUAUGAGCAGAAAUUUGAGUCGCAGAUCGUCUGAUUUGGUUGCGCUUUCCGCUUCGCUUUCCCUACUUUUCGUCUCCGCCCUUUCUAAUGAUUCCAGUGGCAAAGAUAGUAUUAACUCCGGGAAGCAUUCAUCCUCAAGCAGCAAAACUGGCUCUAUGGUUGCCAUCAUCCUCCUUGGGUUUUUGGUAGUUGUGUUAUUAUCAUUUUUCCUUUUCAAGCUAUGGCAGAAGAAGAGAAGAGAGGAGCAAUAUGCCCGACUUCUGAAAUUGUUUGAAGAAGAUGAUGAGCUUGAGGUCGAACUUGGUCUUCGGGAUUGAAGAAUAUCUGAAAUUCUAGUUCACUGAAGCUGGAUCUGAGAAUCUCUCAAUCGACCCGACACUCUGCUGGCUUUUUUCACAGGCUCAGAAACCAUUAUGUUGGAAUUAUUGCAUUUCAAAUGGCUAAAAGAUGGUGAGAUGAUAGCUUGAGUUUGCUGUAAGGUUAGAUUUUUUUUUUUUUUUUUCUUUUCCCCUGAUUUUUGAAAAUUCUGGGGUGGUGCAGAGCCUUGUAAUUCCCGUAUUAUAGUGAAUCAUUUUGUAAGGAGUGCUUGAAGAAAAUACGAGUUCAGGUUUUGUAAAACUGAUGUCAUAUACCAAGUUUAAUGGUGAAAGGGUUUUGACUAAGGCCCCAAAUAUUCUUCUUUCCGUUAAA